AUGAUGCUCUCGGCAGCCUACAAGGAAUAUUAUGGGAACCUUAAAAAGAUUCGAGAGCUCGCUGUCUUUAUCAAUGCUAGUCCACAGCGCAGGGAAGCUUUUCUUACCCUUCAAACUACUGAGCCUAAGCUUGUUCCGAUCCAAGAUGUUCGCACACGCUGGAAUUCUACCUUUCUGAUGCUUAAUCGUGCCAGGAAAUUACAAUCAGUCUUUGAUCGGUAUUGUAUAACAUAUCAACAUAUUCAAUUUAAGCUAGAUGAAGAGGAAUGGCGCCAAAAGGAGUUUAAGCGAUAUCAGCAGCAGGUUAUCCAGGAAACAGAACCGGUUGAUAACCAAGCAAUCUUUGAUCCUGCUGAAAAUGAGCUUGAGCUAUUAUGUGAAUCACAGACAGCUCUACAAGCUGAAGUGGAUCAACCGGAGGAUAAAAUAACACGGUAUUUGGCAAAAGGGCUCACAAAAGGUAAUCCUCGGGUCUUCUGGAAGGAGCAUGAGCACGAGUAUCCAGUCCUUGCAAAGAUUGCACGAGAUAUCCUCUCAGUUCCUGCAAGUGGCGCUGGUGUUGAGCGGCUUUUAAUUGUGCUCGUGAUCGAGCUAGAGAUGAUUAAAGAGUAUCUCUCUGUCGGAGAGGCUGCUAUGCUUGAUCAGACAAGACAGCCUGUUCCAUCGCUUAAUGAACUCGAACCAAUUAGUGAUAAUGAAGAAGAGGGUUGCGAAGCAGAGGAUUUAUCUGAGGAUGAUACAGAUGAAUCUGAUAACGAGGCAGAAGAAGGGUUAUCUACCACGCAGCCUGUAGCUCAAACUAAGCAGGUACAACGGAAGCGGUGCCGAAGUAACACCUCUGAGGCUAUAGAUGAUGCUGAUAAUGGUCUCCCACUUCCCGAUAUGCCAAUUGAGAAGACGCAGGCGCGGUCAGGGAGGGUUCGGAAGAGGCCUAAGCUACCUGAGGGAUUUGAGAUUGAUAAGCUGUAA